AUGGCAGCUGUCAUGAAGGAAAAAAUAAUCAAUAAUCCCGUUGUGGAUCCUCAAGACCUCUUCAAACAGUUCUCUCCUACACUCCUAUUUGAUAGCCCUCGCGUCGCUGUACCUUUUAGUCCAACCGAAAACUGGUACACUGUCGCCGAACAGACAGUACCGGCAGACAGAAAUGCCUUUUGGCAUACAAUAAAAAAAUGGACAGAGGAACCAAACUAUGCAAUUCCACCAGUUGAAAGAGCGGAGAUCAAUCAACCUUCAAACGAUAAUAAUGAACAAACUCACCACAUUAAUAUUCUCGGUCAACCGUUCGAGACAAUCCAAAGAACAUUAAUACCCAAACGCAAAUCCAAAGAUGCGCCAUUUGCAGAGAAAAUUCAGUAUUACGAACAAGAUAACGAAGAGUGCUAUGUGGCCCGUGUCGUUUAUCAACCCGCAACAAUAAACCCAAGGACAUUGGAUGUCGAUCAAUUCAAAGCUUGUCUUCCAUUCUAUUACCCAAAGGUGAGAGCCUAUAGCUUUGUAUACACUUGUCAUCCACUAUCAGCAGAAUAUGAAGACUUGGCCGAUCAAGCAGAAGGAACACUCCGAUUAGAGAUUGUACCAUGUGUGGAACCAGAUGUUGCAAUUACAGAAGCCAAAAUGCAAUACGCUCUUAAGACAUUGCUACAUAAGCUGUUCAAAUGGUGCAUUCAAUCGCGCCUUGGGUAUAAGAAGCAUGCCCACCAUGAUGUAUUGGUUCCCAAGGAAGAGUAUCUUGCUAUGUAUCAGCACAUGAAGUCCACUUAUGCUUCUUCGCUAGUCAGCAAUUGGACAGAAAAGACGGAUCCCAAAAAGUUUGUCUUUGAAGAUAUUGCAAUCGCAAGCUAUUUACUCUGUCUUUGGAAAGUGGACGAAGCAAGGUUGGCUAGGAAACCCACCUUUGUAGAUCUAGGGUGUGGCAAUGGGCUUUUGACCCAUCUGCUGGUCAGUGAAGGUUAUAAAGGCUAUGGUGUAGACAUGGCAGAGCGGAAGAUCUGGUCAUCUCUUUGUCAAGGAAAUUCUGAUGUCUUGCGAGCAAAGACUCUCAUUCCCACUCAGGAAUGCUACCCAGAAGCUGAUUGGUUGCUAGGUAACCACGCCGAUGAACUUGUACCAUGGAUUCCUGUCAUAGCAGCUAAAUCAGGUGCUCAAUGCAAUUUUCUUGUGAUUCCUUGCUGUUUUUACGGACUGGACGGUACCCGGGCAUUAUCGCUUGGCAAAAUGGCAGAGGAAGAAGGUGGCAAGUACAAGGCUUAUUGCAAAUACAUCAAGACCUUAGCAUCCAGAUGUGGUUUUGAGUGUGAAGAAGAUGAUUUGCGGAUCCCGAGUACUCGCAACGUGGCUAUUGUGGGUCGCCACAGACGAACUUUAGUAACAUUGUCUGAGCUGGAAGCCAUUACAGCUUCUGCACAAGCUGUAUUUGUACCUCGCAAAAGCGACCGCGAAAAAGAAGAACUUCGACGGGAGCUGAAGCGGACCAAAAUAGAAAGCUAA